GCCGAGUGGGGGUGGGUGGCUGUGGCUGUGCGUGCGGGAGGCGCUCUCUACCCACCCCCCCACCUCGCUCGCUCCCUCCUCGCUCCCUCCUCUCCUCUCUCCCUCCUCCUCGCUCGUUCGCUCCGCGGACAUGGCAGGCCGAGCGGGCGGACAGCUUUGAAAAACUUGGCCCGCGUUCAAGAAGACUCUGUGUGUGUGUUCGUGUGCACGUCGCCUCUCGCGCACGAGAAGCCGAGAGCCGCCGCCGCCGCCGCCGCCUUCGUCGUCUCACGUGGAGCCGCCCGCUCCGGGGCCAGGGGAACACGGAGGCUGGGACUCGGGAGGCGACGUUCCUUAGAAGAUGCAGUGGACACCCGAGCAUCCGCACCAGCACCUGAGCCCCUGGCAGGCGGCGGCCGUGCCCCCUCCGGUGCAGAUGCCCGUGGCGGUGCCGCCGCACCCGCCGCCCAUACAGCGGUUGGACCUGUCGGGCGUGCCGCUCCCUGGCCACAAGAGCGCCGCGGCGGCCGCGGCGGCCGCGGCGGCCGCGGCGGCCGAAGCGUACCAGGUGCACCUGCAGCGCGGUCACUCGACGUACUCGUGGGCCAACGACGACAUCUCGGAACUCACCGCCUCCAACCUGCUGAAGCGCUACGCCGAGAAGUACUCCGUGGGCGGCAUGGACGGCUACCCGGACGGCGUCGCCAACAACGGGCAGAAGCCCGAAGCCGGCGAGCAGCCCUGGUCGGGCAUCUACGCCAUCAACCCGGCCGUGCCGGACCUCAUCCGGAGCACGUCCAGCACGCCGCUGCCCUCCGGCGGGGACGCUCCGCCGGGCUCGCUGGCGGAGCAGCCGGGCUACGCCUCGCAGUCGGGCGGCGUGUCGCGGCUGAGCCCGGCGCCUCCGCCCUCCGCCGGCAGCACCGUGCCGGUGAGCGGCGCCGCCGUGGCGGCCGCGGCCGCGGCGGCGGCGGCGGCGGCGCGUGACUACGCGCCGGCCUACGGCUCGAACAGUGGCGGCGGCAGCAGCAACGGCGGCUACCUCUCUGCGCCGGCAGGCUACCCGCAGUGCGGGCCCGUGCCGGCGUACGCCGCGAUGCCCAGCCCCGUGUACGGCUACUCGCCGGCGCCGUAUCUGGCGCAGCAGGCGGCGGCAGGGGUCGCCUACCCGCACCCGCACCACCACCACCAUCACCACCACCACCAGUCCGGCUCGGGGGCCUUCGUCCCGCCGCCGCCACCGCCGCCGCCGCCUCCUGGGAUUUUUUCGCACGCGGCCGGGCCCGGCUACGCGGGGUACCCUGGCCACACGGCUAGCUUCGCAUCGGAGCCCGGCACGAGGAAAGCCUUCUACCCGGGCCGCGACGGGGACCUGGAUUACGGAGGCUACCGGUCUCAGCAGCCGCAGCAACAGCAGAGGGACACGCCCAGCCCGCUGUACCACUCGUCCGACGGCCCCACGUCCAUGCAGAUGCGUGGCACGGACUACGGUGAGGCUGGAUCAGGAGUGCCGAGCCUGGGCUUCCAGCCGGUGAAGCCGCACGACAGCUUAGAGCAGCACCAGAAGUACGGCGGCAGCUCUGUCACCGGAGGUAGCGGCACCAACGGCGGGCGUGGCCCCACCGCGCCCACGCCAACGUAUCGUUCCGCAGAGCAGACUGUCGGGGUGGUGGGGCCUGGCAUCUCCUUGGAAAAUUGACAGUCUUGAAGAAAAAUGUUUCAUCCCCGGUGCGAUCUCGCCCAGUGCGGUGGCAACAGGAAUUUAAAGAAAAAUUUGUCCCGGGUGGGUGGGGGAAGUUAUUGUUGUGCUGUUGCUCGAAUGACCGUCCGUCUCAAAAAAUAUUUUAAAGAGAACAAACGUGGACGUGGGAAGAAUUGGAUCGACUAGCGCUGGGUGCAUGUUUCAUCUGAGAGUUUAGAAAAGGAUGCAUCGCAAUCGCAUUUCCAGUUCCUGCGAAAAGUUCUUCUGAGCGUGCAACCGGGCGCUCGAUUGAAAUGCUACAUCACGGGCAUUUUUGUUUCAUUAUCAGAGUUUACCCGUAAAUUGUCUCACAUUCUUUGACGCAAGGCGUGUGACAUUCAUGCGACUUGGCGAGUGUAUGAAGCGGGAUUUUGCAUUUACACCAUUCAUCUGUGGAUGUCUCGCACACUGCCAAUUUAGCAUUCGCACGGUGGCGGUAAGUUUGCAAGUGACUGCCCCCACGCAAGAUGAAAAGACUCCAAGAAAUACGAGCGAUUCUCUUUGUGGUCUCUACUGCAGCCAAUUCCCGUCAAAGCUUGAGCUUGUGACUACCUCACAAUGAUUGCUGUACAUUAGAUGCAUCCUAUAGUGCAUUGUCACGAAAGAUCUUUAUGCUAUAUUUAUUGGCAGCAGAUGGAAUACAUUGUGGUCAUUCUUUUCGAUAGAAAAAGUGUUCACCCAAAAGAGAGCAAAUGUUAACUAUACUUUGCCAAAGUCUUAACAAGGAACGAAUUGCGAUAUUUCUCCAGUGAUGGGCCCAGCAAAUGUAGCCUAUGGAAGCUCCGCUCGGCCCGAUUCAGGGUUUAACAGGAAACACUUUAUGUUUUACCACUUACCUCCACUCGCUACCUGCCAGAUUUAUUACUGUCGAGCAAAAAACGUCGCUACGUUUAAUUCUGAAGUACAGCCUUAGAAGAAUAAUGCACAUUGUCUUACCGUUAAGAAGCUGCUUUGUGUUUUUUGUGUGCUAUGUUUUGCAUCGAGUGCCGACGACUCUCAUUCAUAUCUUUUGAAGGAUCAUGGUCAUUUUUUAUAAUUUUAUUUUUCAGUCGUGCAGAAAUUUACAAAUGCUGCACCCCCUAUUAUAAUAAUAAUAAACAAUAAGAAACAUACCCCACGAUGAAAUAAAAGCAACAACUGUGUCUACCUAAAUGCUCGUCGGACUGAAACCAAGAACCCGAAGUCUCAACAACAGCAAAAGCGAAAGAGGAAAAAGACAAAAAAUCCAUCUUAGAAAAAUGUAAAAUUAAUGGAAAUUGUGCACCGUUUUACUGUAACUCGGGACGUGCCCAAAUGAAGCACUGCCGUUGCUGCCCGUGCCCUUGAAUGUGGUUCGUUUUUUUUUGUGGCGACGUGAUGCCGAUUGCUGCGUGCAAACCGGGACAGAGAGCAGCCAUUUGCUUGUGUAUGUGAGGUGUCCCUGUUCUGUGAGGGGUGGGUGGUCGAUGGCAGGGGCUUGGGCACGAGUGUGGUUGGCUGGGGUCGUGGGGGCGGAAUGGGGUUGCCUCGGUAAAGUGUGGCAGAUAUAAGGCGAGAAAACGAGAAGAAAAUGGGGGGGGGGGGGGGGGGGUGAAAUUGCAAAACGAAAGAAGUUGCAACUUUUAAAAUAUUAAAAGACAAAAAAAGUGUUUCGGCAAAGCUCAAAAUUUUGGAGAGAAAAAAAAACACUUUGAAAUUUAACCAAAAAGAAUUUGCGAAUAUAGCUUUCUUGGCCGUAGAGGCGAUGUGCGUGUGAUGCACGCCACUUGACGUGCGGUGGCGUUCAGUGUUGUAGUGUUUUGGUUUUGCUGUGUUAUUUUUUGGCUCAAAGUGGCAAGUUGCGAGCUCAGACUGACCUAUCCGUAUACCACAUGCCAAAAAUAUCGUGUGACCUAUACACAAAUUUACAGUGAGGAUUACAACCAGUGGAGAUUGAAUUUCAAAGGCAAGAUCAGGAUUCGGGUUUAAAUGUUUAAUUGCACAACACCGCACAUUUCGGCAUGAAGUGAAUGGGAAGCAUGCACAAGUUGUCUUUUUGAUUGUGUUUGAAACACGAUUGCAGCAAUGUUGUACCAUCUGUAAGCUGUGCUUUCUGUCUUUGGUAUGACCUAACAGUAUUUAAAAAUACCUUUUUUUCAAAUCGGGUACUUGAUUGUAAAUUUUAGUACGAACCUUGCUCCUUUUGGGCGUAUAAUUGUGGACCCCACAAAAAAGGAAAAUAACAGAAUCGGAGAAAAUUACGACCGAACAAAAAAAAACGUGGGCGACUGUAUGAAAAUUAGCAGAGCGAAGUGGUAUGCAGGAUGCAUGCAUAUUUAUCAGUGCUAAAAUUGUGCUUCUGGGAAAUCAUUUCCAAGAACCAUUCCCUAAAACCAUGAUGAAUUUUACAUUUGUCCAUCGGGCUGCGGUGUCGGCGACGAAAGGCAAUGGGGCGCAAUGCUCAGCCGAGAGGUAGCCUAUGCUGAUGAGAGGAGCACACACCAACAACUGGACCACUGCAGUCCGCGGGAGGCAUUUCUCAGAGCGGCUGCGAGUGAAUGCAUCGGGCCGGCCGCCACUCAAACUGCGGCCUCCGCCGCCGCCGCCGCCACAAAAGAAUUCCACCUGAACAUAUUUCUGUGCACUGGCAAUUACGCAGACACCAGGCAGGCAGCUCGGCUCUUUUGUAAUGGACCAACAUAUUUCUGAAACGCACUUGAACCCACUUAAUAUACUUAUUUGGCUUUUUCUCACGAACAAAGCAAAGUAUGGUGUCUUGGCUUGCGAUGGCUUGUGUUGGGGUGCUCGGAAUGCCAACUUUUGUUUUUAUGCUACACAUACGGUUUGAUAUAUUCCAGCAUUCAUUUACUUUAAAUUCCACCUUUGGCUUUUUUCAUUUAGAUAUAAGUUUUCAUUAAUCCUUUAUGCAUGGCCGAGCGAUAGUGUUUGCAUAAAGUUAACAUAUUAAACAGAAAAAUUGAGCGUUAUGUAUUCAUUGGUCAUCCCAUAAACCAAGCCUGAAUCCACUCAUUUUUUUUAAAUAUUUGCGAGCCAAGGCUGAAUUUAUGAAUAACGUUCGAACAUAAAAUGUGCAGUUUCAAAAUUAUUCUCACCAUUGUGUCUGCUGGAAUUAUUUUUUUUUCAUUCUUGCAAAUGCAGUAUGGAUAUUUAGUCGUGAAUAUUUAAUAAUGCACAGCUCUAAAUAUGUUGUCCCCGUGGCGGUUUUAUUAACAAUUUAUUGACUAUGAACAGCAGGAAUGCAUAAUGUAUUUGCUUCUCAAUUAGCAGUGGUUUAGGCAGUGUAGGCGUGCACCCGAAUGUUCGCUUCUCGUUGGCAAUUCCCAACAAAACAAUGUUGGCAAAGAUAAUCUAUCUCUAAUUAAAUUGUUUCCACUUUGUGGACGAAUGGUACUCGCCGAUAUUAUUUUUACAUUUUUCAAGCCAUUUAAAAUAAUGUAGUGUCCACAACAUGCCCCAGCAAACUCUGGGUGCAUCUCUUGGCAUCCCGUAUUCCACAGAGUGUACAAGAGCGACGCUUAACAGACGACUGCCACUGUUGAACGUGUUGGCGAUUUCGGUCUCUCUACUACACAUUUGCAUUAUCGUUAUUUUGCCUCUGCAAAUAUGGUUAAUUUCCUUACACGUGGAGUCCACUUGUAGCGGGCUUGGCAGUCGCAGCGUGUGGUUGGGUAGACGAUGCCUUGUGUGUGUGUGGCUGCCGAAUUUGGCGCGUGCCCUUGCUGCAGAUGGUAUUCCGUUGCUGCUUUUACCAUCCAUCCACCCGCUGCUGGUUAGCAACAAACUGCUUUUUUUAUUUGCGCUGGGAGGGGGUUAGCGGUAAUUGGUAAUUUGGUCUUUUGCCGCAUGUUGAGAGUGCAACCGUGUGAAAUAUUAACGAUAUUAAGUGUUAAAACUAUUGCUCAUGCGCCGGUCACGAAAAAAAGAACAUCAACAACAAACAAACAAAUUGUUCUCAAAAAUCACUCAGGAAAGCAAUUUUUAAACACUUAAUGUACCUCAAGUAGAAUGUUUCAUUUAGUAAUUUGUUUUUCUCUCAUAAUUGCUUCGGGCACUGUGUAGUCCUGUAGGUGUUUCGCGGUUUUUGUGUUUCUCCCUCGAGGCUCUGCUCUGCACAUCCACGGACGGAAAAGAACACAAAAAUGAAACGGCGUUCAGUGUAAGAGAGAAAACAAAAAAACGACAAACAAAAAUUGCAAAAAGUGAGAGCGAGCGCAAGGGGGACACUGAAUGUAUUUGCUGGUGGAGGAAGCGGCCGUGCGUUGGCGGCGGCGCGGGCGGGCUGGCGGGGCUCGGUGAGUGCAGUGCUGCGUGCACGGUGCGGCAGUGGUGCUGGUGCAGUGGUGCGGUCACAUUCCAUCGCGCUAAUCCGUCUGCAGCACGCCAGCUCAAGCAGAAAGUUGCGCGCCAACAACAACGGACCUUCCGCAUCACAAAUUUUCACGACCGUUGAGGUUUUUGUCUUUUAACUAAUUUAUUAUUUUUUAAAGGGGUUUCCCCCCCCCCUCUCGUUUGGCCGCAGAACAAAAGCAAAGAACAAAAAAAAAACUUCCCACCAAUGCGUUCUCAAUAAAUAAUAAGCAGUGCUUUCCCCAUUACCUACCAGCAUUUUUUAAGGAAAACUUCCAAUAUCGCUGUCAAACUUGAGUUGAUGCAUGUGAAUACUAUCUAAUGCCAACCUUUCACGCGUCGCUUAAUGCGCAAGGUACAAAUGCAUAUCCCGUGGAUUGUGAGCUGUUUACGCUGAAAAUUCAUUCUUGGGCUCUUCUGAAAAACAAGGCAGCAAUAUGGCCAGCAGACCAGGCAAGCACAGGGUCACACCACCAUGAUGCCCACAUUACGAUAAUUGUUUGUGUUUUAGGAAAAUCGAAUUGAAGCUUCUUUUUUUUGGGGGCCACAGAACGGUCUUCACCUUUGGCUUUAGACCUCUGACCCUGCCCCCUCUUCCCCCAUUUUACCCUUUCCAUCCCUCACCGAGCUGGCUUGCGGGCAAGUUGAGAAUAUGGAACACUUAAGUAGACGUCUAGAUUCCAAAAAAUGAAGUCCAGUUUGUUUUUUUUGGGAAGGGGGGAGGGGUUUCUUUCCUCGCUCUUUGAUUGGUAAACUAAACUCAUUCUGGGAGGAAUUUUGAUAUCCAUGAGCUAUACAUGUUCAUCUUUCAACUUAAACAUACCGACAGACGUUUAAAGCCAAUUGGAUCACAUUUUAAUUGAUUCACAAUAAUGUCGAUGCUCCACAACAUUGCUUUCAUGAUAUUCUUACGAAACAUGUUCCCUUUCUUUUUUAUGUUUCUUUGUUUUGCAUAUGUCUCUGCAGAGAGGCCGUCCUGGGUUUCGCCUGCUGCAGUCAGAACAAAUUGGAUACAGUUUAUAGCACUUACGUGAAUGUAAACUGACCAAACGUAGCCCUUGGCAGGCUUACGUGAAACACGCCUAGUCGCUUGGCUUCGGCGUGCCUUUCCCUCGGAGGAGUAUGACGACCGCUACGACGAAGCCAGACCCUUCACCGAGGCCCCAUCCGCGUGGCGCGCGGUGCGCCGCUGAUCCCAACCCAGACGCCGCCAGCCGCGGUGCGUGUGACCGCCCCGUCGGCCUUCACCCGAGUUCACUCCGCAGAGGUGACGCUUCCAACGCGCGAGUCUCGGCGGCGCUGCUGCUGCUGCUGCUGCCUCCACGGGAAACCGAUUUCAGGAUUGCGGGGAUGGCGGGGCCGGGGUGGGCGGCAUUAGCGGGACACUCGCAAGGGGUCGAGCCCGGCCGUCCCUUGCAACGGAGCGAAUUUGCCGUAACAGAAAGCUGGGAAAUUGUGGAGACGUGUUGGCUGUCUGAGGAUGUGACCUUUGUGCAGCUGACCACCAACACUCGGCUUGCAAAACUUUGUAACCAUAGCUCGAGUUCGCAACUCCCAAAACGCUUUACAAGCGGAUUCCGUAAAAUUGCACGUGGGCAUCGAAUGUACUCCAUGUACGUGAGUGUGCCCCUAUAUGCAUUGCACAGGGUUCUACAUGUGGACAUUAAAAAAAACGGUUCUGUGAAAUAGUUAUCUGCUGAAACAUCGUCUUGUGUUUUGUUAGCAUAAUUUGAAUUCCCACAUGCAUCCUUUGUUUUGUCUUCAAACCUAGAGGGGGAUAAAAGACUAAUAAGGCAACAAAAGUAGCGAUGCACACAUUAAUUAUAAAGUACAAAAAAGUGUUGCCCACAUUCAUCAGGCCCCGAGCACCCGCACCCAGUUCGAGAUGAGAUCGCCAGCAGCACACUCGUGCAGUAACCCACAGCCAGGGCCCUCUGUGCCGCACGGCUCCCUCCCUCUGCCCGUGCUUUCUCGCCUUGCUCCACAAGCCCCGUCUCGUUCACUCUCCCCAAUCGCCCCCAUCCACCCCCUACACCCCCCCCCCUCACCACCACCCGCUCAUUGUAUGACCUCCUUAAAAGCGCUGAAUGCACAGACAGUUGAUUGACGGCUGGUAAGGAGUACCGGGUGGUGAAAGCGAGGACGUGAGGUCUGCAGAGCGAAACGCGCAGUUCCCGCACAGACCUCAACUUUUUUCUUCGUUUUCCUUCAACUGCUUUAGUUGCUAUUUUAAUGCAAUUGAAUUCUAUUUUCUCCCCCCCCCCCCAAUUCGUCUUGUUAUAUAUACGCACAUCUACAGAUCUGCGCCCGAUGGGGGAGCACUUAUCUUGUACAUUUCUUAAGAGCAAGAGCCUAAAUCCGAAUUGCUAGUUCGAAUGGGUUAUUAAAAGGUUCGUCUUCAGAAGACCUUCUAAGCCGAGUCAGGAGCUUUGGAAAGCUGCUGUCAGGCGAAAAUGUUUGUUUCUAAAUCAGCUUGUGGUCACUAUCGCUGAACAACAUCACGGCAUGAACAUUAGAAAUGAAAGCUCAAAUAUUGUUCAAAAAGAACUCCGUGGAUUCCUCGUAGAAUCGUUUUUUUCGUCUCCUAAACACCCAAUGGGUGCCUUUGAUUGAUGGUCACGGGGGAGAAAGCUUUAGAGCUCGGAUAAUUAGUGAUGGAAACAUUGCUGGCUGCAGCAAUGUCUGGCUAAUGCACCUUACCCUAUCUUCUGGAGCUCACUUGGCACUGCAUAAGAAAAUAUUGAGUUGCGUAUUAAUAUAUUUCGGCACUCCUUUUAAAUUUCAGAAGUUGAAUUAGAUACCGUUGUCACCGUGUGUGUCGGUGCACUUGAGCAAGUCAAGUUUUUGUUGUAUCGUGGCAACUGAAAUAGAUGGAUGGCAUUCAUAUUACGUUCAAUCUCCCCAAUCAUCCCCAUCCAUAGCUAAUUCUUUUUCCAUUAGAGUCCCGUCCCUUAGAACGUUUCUUGGUCGUAAUCAAAAUAACAUUUGGUGCGCGGAGUCACUACUGCGUGUGCAGGAGGACCCAAGUAUCUGAUUGGAUUUGUCAGCUUAUUAAUUGCAUGCCCCUUAUCAAAAUGCUGUUAGAAAACAAAGCCAUGUUUAAUUGGACAACUCGCUGAUGGGCGAGCUUUUAAAUUGUACUGUGCCCGAAUUUCGUAUCGCCGGACGCACUCGGCACUUAAAACCAUCAUCUCUCGCCUUCCACAAGCGCUGCGUUACUUUUGCCGUACGUUUUUCUUCUCAGCACGAGGGAGGUUGUUUUUCUUUCCCACCCCCCCUUCCCGUAAAUCGUACUCGUGGUAAAUGAAUCAAAUAUCGCUUCGUCUUCAGGAACGAGCGCGCGUGUUUGUUUGAGGAUCUAAAUGAAAAGAGGGAAUUUUGAGGUUUUUUUGUGCCCUCUUUUUUUUUCCUUCCAUCCCGUCCGACUGAGCGGUGUUUUUUUGUUUAGUUGCGAGCGGUGCGUUGACAAAUGCAACGGUUGGGGGGGGGUGGUGGUGUGUGAGAGAAGCGAGGUGUCGUCCCGACUUAACCAGGCCCUGCCUCACUGCCGUACUGCGUUAUGCGUCAUGUUUUGUGGUUGCUGGUGUUGUAUUUAUUUUACAGCUUUCCUUUUGUCGUUUGUUGUAUGUAUAGCCGUUACAAAAACAAACAAAAAAAACAACGUGAAAAUCAUCACACACAAAAAAAAAGAAAACCUGUACAUUUGAAGAACAAAAAAAAAGAGAAAAUGAAAGUCUACCUCAAAAAGACUGAUACAGUAAUACUGUCUCAGCAGUGUUAAUAAAGUUUUCAAAAUGUGCAUUCUUUAGUAUGUGUAGUGCGCGUAGGUCAUAGCUAAGACGUAGGGCGCUAGAGUAUUAUUCCUCAAUAUGAUAAGCGUGUCCUUUUUUGUGGGUCAACCAAAUUUUGUUGGUAAAAGCUUUAAAAUGUCACCUCACUAGCAAAUCACUUUUUGGCUGUGUCUGUGUUGGAAACAGGACUGCAGCGCGAGCAAUGUUCAUUUUAUUUUGUUAUUUCGGAAAGUUUUUUUUGUUGCUUUUGAACGUUUCGUAAAUAAAUCAGCGUUGAGCUUG